UAGAUGAAAGUUUCAAAUUAGAAACACUGGAAAACAAAGCUUCAAUUCAUUGUUUAAUGGGAAACGCUUGCAUUAAUUUGGGUCGAUACCAUUUGGCUACAAAAAAUUAUCUACAAGGAUUGUCAGUUUAUAAUUAUAAAUACCAGACCGGAAAUAUUCUGUUAAAAUGGAAUUUAAAAUUAGAAACUUUUCUACGACAAAAAUUUAUUAAAAGAUUUAUGUUGACAAGCUCGAAAAAAAUUUCCAAGGAUUCAUUGAAAGUCGCUGAAUUUUUACAUUUGCUCUCAGUUUCUCUAUUGAUGGAAGGAAAACAAAUUUCUUCACUAAAAACUUGUCAAAUUAGUCUAAAUUUAGGUUUUACAAAUACAAACCCAUGGAAUUUUUAUGAAAAAUGUCAAUUAUUUUUAUCAGUUGCCAAAAAUUUAGAACAAUUAAAAAAUUACCAACUUCUAGAAAUAUUAAUUGAAAAUAUUUUUCUAAUGAUAAGACAAAAAGAAAAUUGGUGUAAUGUCGAGGAAUUAAUUGUCCUGGCAAAUAUUUUUUUUGCCAUAAUUAAAAUCGAGUUCCGUCGAGGAAACUUUGCAAAAACUGUAGCAAUUGGUACAAAACUUUUACGACUGACGAAUAUUUUACAUUUAUAUCAAAUAAAGCUUAUUGCACUUCCUUUAAUUAUUGAAUCAAUGAUGCGUCUUAAACGAUUCAAUGAAACUGUGGAUCUAAUGCAUGAACUUUUUUAUUUAUCACCGGCUGACAGUGAUAAAUCGUCUCUUACUUGGUACUACGCUCUUUCUGUUGAUCUUGUUUUGGAUGCUGGUAUCACAUUAGAAUCAUAUCAAAAUUGUUUAACAUUCGCUGAAAAAAUAAUUGACAAAAUAUUUCCUAUUGUAAGAGAUCCUGAGGGCAAAAAGCGUCUAAUUGUUUCAAUACGAACUUGGCAAUUAAGAAAUGGAAUUACUGUCAACGCAUUUUUGUCACAAUCUGUGAAAACUUACAUAAAUCUACUUGAAAUUGAUGAAUUAUCUCAAAUUAUAACUACAUGUAGGAUUCUCGAGUGUCUUUUAUUGACUUUAACAAGUUACAUUAAUCUUGGAAAAUAUCUAGAAGCUGAUAAAUUAACUGAAAAAAUUGCAAAAAUCCUAAAACUCCUAGAAAAUGAAACAGAAACAAAUAUUUUCAUUACACCACGAUUACAUCUAUUAAAAGCUUAUUUAUGUUUAAUAAAAAAUAAAAAACUUUCAACAACCUUAAAUUUAUGUAAAGCUAAAAAGUUGGCGAAAAAAUAUGGUAAUCACAUGGAUUUAGCUUGGAUAAUCCAAAACGAAAAGAUGUGGAAAAUCGUGAAUUAUAAAAAUAUUACACCAUAUUGGAUUGAAUAUAUUGCAAAUAAUGAUGGAAUUAAUUGGAAAUAUGUUGAAAGUCUCAACAUUUAUGAAUGGUCAACAAUAUUGUAUCCCAUGCCAAUACCUAAUUCAAUUAUUUAAAUUAAAUUCAAAAUCAACGAA